AUGUCUGUGUUUCCGUUGUUCUUCCCAAAUGAUCUCAUUCUGGAGGUGUUAUCCCUUCUUAAUGUGAAAGCUAUUCUGCGAUUCAGAUGCGUUAGCAAAUUUUGGGAUAUUCUCAUUUCCAAUCCAUCCUUUGUGAAUUUGCAUCUCAAAAGUUCUGAAAAACGAAAUCCUCACUUCUUACUCCUUGCCUCUCAUACCAAAAAAUUCCCAACUAAGACAUUAUAUGGCAGUGAUGAAUUUGAGCAUGAUUAUGUUGUCUUUCCAUAUUCCAUAAGCCGUUUAGUUGAGAAUCCUUCUUUCACCAUUACGACCGACUCUGACUACAUCGUGCAACACAAAGAAUGCUCGGAUAUAGUUGGUUCCUGCAAUGGUUUGAUCUGUUUGAGUUGUGAAUACUACAACUAUGAGUAUUAUGAGUACUGGCUCCGAUUAUGGAACCCGGCCACCAGGACAACAUCUCCGAAAUUCGGAUUGUUCCGCUUAUAUAGCAAUACUCCUGGUUGCCCUACAUCUAAAGGUUGUUACAGAUUCAGCUUUGGCUGUGAUAAUUCUAGUGGCACUUAUAAGGUAAUGGCAUCCUGUUACUUUCGUCAUCAACAGAGAAGCAAUGUGAAAAUUUUAAGUUUGGGUGAUAAUGUUUGGAGGGAUUUUGAAAGUUUCCCGGUUGAACCUAUAGAUGCGGAUUAUGCUUGUGGAACGGAUUAUGAUGAUGUGUAUUUCAAAAGCACUAUCACCUGGUUGGGUAUUCGAAAUAAACUUUGUACACGUGCAUAUAACUUUACCGAUAUUAAGGAUUUUACAGUUAAGCAUUUUGUUAUUGUUUCGCUUGAUUUGCGGACAGAGACAUAUAAUCAGUAUUUAUUGCCUCCUGAUUUUGAUCAAGUUCCACAUAGAGCUCCAAUUAUUGGUGUGUUGGGAGACUGCCUUUGUUUUUCAUAUUGUUACAAGGAAACUGAUUUUAUUAUAUGGCAGAUGAAGGAAUUUGGGAUUCAAGAUUUUUGGACUCAAUUUCUUAAAAUUAGUUAUCAUAGUCUUCAAAUUCAUUAUGACUAUAGUGACGAAAAUGCAAAGUAUCAUUUUUAUUUUGUUCCCUUGUUUUUUUCUGAAGACGGUGAUACACUGAUACUUCAUUGCAGUCGGGAGGGAUCCCAAGAUAUCAUUUAUAACCAGAGAAACAACACAGUAAAGCAAACAAAAAUAACUGCAACAAAAACAAUUACAGAUGAUAGAAUUGGUGACCCUUGCUGUUGCUCGGUCAAAGGCUAUUUUGAGAGCUUAGUUUCAGUUUUUUGA